UAUAGUCUCUCAUCUUACCUGGACUUUCCGACUCCAGAAUUGUAUAUUUGUAUUUCUUCAGCAGCAUAGUGAAGACUGGGAACAGUGGGUUAGACACUUUGACCUCUUCAAGAGACCCCUUGUGGACAGACCCUGACAACUUAUCUCUCCAGCCAGKAGUAAUUGACCCCUUCCUCUCAGUCUGGUUGUGUUUAAGUGUUGAGCUGGACCACCAAUUCAAAAUCCGUCUCUGUGAGUGUUGGGGACUAUGGGCCUUAUUAGUGUCCCGUUUCCUGGUGAAAAUGGAUGCCACUUUCUCAUCCGAGACCCUGGUUGUCCCAGAGGCAGACUGCACCGCUGCUUGAAUUGUGAGGGUACAUGCUAUUUCAUUCUGGCCAGAUGUGAGUCCAACUCCUGCUCUAUGGCAUUAGCCAGUGACUUGAGCCAUGUCCACAGACCCCAUCACUGCCCUGCUCCUGAAUGCUGUGUCAGCACUGGAGCAGCUUGACUCUGAAAUCACUAUAACAUUAUUAGGAGGGUCUGAGCAGGGGCUAUCCUUGAUGAGGCUUGUUCUUGCUUCGGGGUAUCUGUUCCGCUUGAGUCUGUGCAGCCUACUGGUUGACCGUGACACAGAGGCACCUCAUCAUAAGACCCCCCAAUACGACAAGGCGCCAUCUUAGGUUUCUCUUUCACCUGCUCAGAAAUUAGGCUCUUCCUCCCAAGAGGUUGUGGGGUUAUACUUAAGUACUUUGUGAUGUCAUUGGAUUUUGGGCACCCAGCCUUCUUCUCUAUGGCCAAGUAGGGGCGAUAACCACAUCUUUCUUGCCUAGUUAACUCUAUUCUAUCUGUGUCAUGUUCUUAUUGUCAUGUAUACAGUCUGUGUGGUGCCAUACUCUAGUAUCAGAUUCAGUCUUAUUGGUCGCCUUUUAUUUCAGAGACAGAGAUAGGCGCUACUUCUCCUAGCUCUGUAGGAGAGAAGAGGAAACAUCAGAAUGAGAGGGCGGACCCUGAAACAGUACGCAAGCGCCAAAGGUCUAGCCCAUGGUUAGAGACCAGCUUUACUGGGUAUAGUCCCUCUUUGGAAUACCAAGUCAGGGGGUCUCUUAUCCCCUCUUCCAGGGGUCAGCCUAGAAGAAGCAGGCUGAGCCGAACACAGACUCAGGCGGGAAAGUCAAGGUCUGGGGAUAGGUCAUGAACUGACCCCUAACCCACCAAACCAACCAGAAUCUCCUCAGAAGGUCUAUCCUGCCCAACCACAGCGAUGCCUUAGGAGAGUUCACAACAUUGAGGAUUUGCUGUGGACAGAGAAGUACCGCCCUCAGCACUCCAGUGAGGUAAUAGGCAACUCCGCCUCUGUAAAGAAGCUACGCAGGUGAGUUGCUAACACCACUGCUAGCUCCUCCAAUGUCUAGCUUUUAUGGUAUGGUGUCCUUAUUUCUGUUUGCAGUUGGUUAAAGAAAUGGAAACUGAGAGUCGACUGUGAAGAGAGGAGAAAAGAGCGAGACAGGAAACUAGAGGAGAACGCCAACAGCAAUGCGUUGACCUCCGGUUUGGCUGUGCAGACUCGUGGGACUGUGGRGACUUCCAGGGAGAGGCUAGAGUGGAGGAGGAUGGGGAGGAAGAUCUGUGUAGCACCGUGCUGAUCACAGGACCUCCAGGGGUGGGCAAGACUGCCUCAGUAUACGCCUGCGCUCAAGAGCUAGGCUUCAAGGUGUUCGAAGUGAACGCCUCCUCCCAGCGCAGUGGUCGCCACAUCCUGACUCAACUGAAGGAGGCCACCCAAUCUCACCUGGUGGAGAUCCAGGGAAGCACCACCUUCAAACCAUCUCAUCUCAGUAGCUACAACAACACUUCAACUAAAUCUGACACAGUAGCUGGUAAAGUGGCCUCUCCCAGAAAGGUUUACUCAUCCUAUAGGAAGGGGCCUCAGCCCCCUCGUAGCUCCCACCAUAAGAGAGGUGGCAGUGCAGCCUCCAUGAUGCUGGCUAACUUCUUCAAGAAGAAGAGUAAACCAGAGAUCACAAACUUAGAUGGCCCUUCGUUAUCUACAAAACAGGAUGAGCACCUACCAAACAUUUUUGUCUCUCUCAAGACCGUGAAGAAGGCAGAUAUUAUUAACCCUCCGUUAGUCAGUCAACUGUCACCAGACAUUGAAGAGCCACCAACAGGUAGCCGGAGUAAAAGGAUGUCCACAUCACUCAUUCUAUUUGAAGAGGUUGACGUCGUAUUCGAUGAUGAUGUGGGAUUCCUCACAGCAAUCAAGACCUUCAUGAAGACAACCAAGAGACCUGUGAUACUGACCACUAGUGAUCCCUCCUUCAAGGCAAAGUUUGACGGCGACUUUGAAGCGAUCCUUUUUAAAACCCCUUCAGUAGUGAAUGUUUGCAGUUAUCUGCAGCUACUGUGCCUGGCUGAGAACGUCAGGAUGGAUGCUGCUCACCUCACCUCUGGAUCUGCAGUGYAGGAGGACAAGCAUCUCAGAGGGCAACCCCCACUGAAGGACCCUGCAGGUGGUGUGUAUGGAACUCUGGAUGUUGCUGCAGUGGAAGACAUUGCAGUGGGUGAAAAUACUUCUCCCAGCCAUCCUUCCUGUGACGUGGGCUGCACUCAGAGCAUGCUGGGGSUCCUGAACUCUGGCCCCAGCCAUGACCUGCAGACCACUCUAAAGUGCCAGUCCUGMGCUAAACCAGACAUCAUCAAGCUGAUGGAGAUCCUUACUGAGAGCUGGAGGAGAGGUGUAGCUUUGCUCUACUUGAACCUGGAGCUCCUCCUUCCCCUACCAGUCAGGACCCAGCCCAGUCCUCUCCUCACUGAAAAGAAAGUGACUCGCCCUAGGCUUCAGAGUGAGCCAACACCCCCUGACAUCCACCACCCUCAGAUCCUGGAUCAGACCAGUCCAGUUAAGGUGUCCUUCGGCUCCAGGCUGAGGAGAAAGAAAUGUGUGCCUACAUCUGAUUCCAGAUCAGCUCACAGCAUGUUAGUAAAGCCUUACAGAGCCUCACUGUCUCUGAGGAGGGCUCAUCCAAGUGUAUCAACUAUUACUGAGACUAUUAAUGACAAACUUCAAACUGAGAAGGCGGCAGAUGGCUUGGUGUACCACUGCUUAGAUGCAAUAACUGACUUUAUCGACCUCAUGUCCUUCAUUGAUACCUCCCUACCGAGUGAGUCUUCACAUAAGGCUGGCCCAUGCAGACCAGGGUCUUUUCUCUGGACAGGGGCGGAGGUUAAGGAUGGACUGCUAGAUGAGAUGAGGAUGGGGGCUGUAGGUGGUUGUGUGAGAGGACAUUAGAGAUCCAGGCUGCAGUAGAGGGCCUGGGCUUCCACAGGUGCCUGGCCAGGGUGUCUGAGGGGUGGGCUGGAUCCCAGAGGCUGGAGGGGGAGCAGAGGGGGAGGGUGAUGGAGAAACUCACCCUCCCUCUCGCCCCACCCAGACAAAGUUUCAAUGUCAGUCAGACCACUUCCUGUGAUCCUAGUGUGGUCGAAAGGAGAUGUGACAUCAUCAGAACCGUCCUCUCAAGCAGAGCCUUCUGCACCUUGGGAAACAAGCAGGCUGUUGCCUUGGACUACCUACCUGUCCUCCGCACCAUGUGCCAAUCAGAGAGAACUCAGCAGGGCCAAGGCAGUAUUCACCUGGGCCUCCCUAAGGCUACUGUGAGACUCCUUGCAGAUGAUUUCCCAUGACAAUGACCAUUGAAGCCAGAAAGACUACACAAACAGAUCUACAACAUUUCUGGCUCUCUACACUGGAUGACAGGAAGGUUAAUGCUAUCAUCUCCCUAUGUUAAUGACUUGUGAUUUAGUGAAUGUAGCCCAUGAUACAUUUUGCUGUACAUUCAUAUUUUUUUUACAUUUUGUGAGAAGUUUAAGUUUACUGUAUGCAUUAAAUGUAAUCCUAUUUUUAUAUUCAUGCAUAAAAAUAAAAACAUGUAUUUGUUACUUUA